GGAUAAGUUGCAGUGAGCAAAUAUUAGAUUGCAAUAUUGUGAAUGUGAAACAACAAUUAGUCAUCGCGCGACUGAUUCAUACAAUUGAAGUUAUAAGUUUUAACAACAAAAUUAUUUACAAAGUAAUUAUGUCGUCGGUUGAACAAUUAUUAGAACAACUGGAGGAUUGUGCUACUUUGAUUAAAAAGGCUUUAAUAAAUCACAAAAAAGCCCCAAAAGCUAGAUUAACAAAGGGAUAUUUGAAAGUGAGAUCUCAAGUUGUAGAUGAUUAUUGGUCAACGUUUAAGGAUCUUCAUGGAUCUCUUCUAAAGUUAGUACCGCAACAGGAAAGGAAAACAUUACCAUACUUCGUAAAUGAAGAAUAUGACUUGUGCGAAGAACAAUACAUUUUGUUGAAGACAGAAUUAACGGAUUUGUUGGAAUCGAGUUCAAGUACUUCGACGGCCGUAGCGGAUUGUAAAGGAGAAGUGCAGUGGGUUGCGUCGGAAGCUAAAUUACCUAGAAUGGAUUUACCAACAUUUUCGGGUUGUUAUGAAAAUUGGCGAAGCUAGUGCUACAUUGAAGCAUUAUCAAACUACUGAUAACAAUUAUAUUCCAGCUUGGGAUACGCUCAAAAAACGUUAUAGUCAUAAACGACUAAUAUUAAAUUCAUAUUUAAAAAAGUUAUUUAUACAAAAAAAGGUUCAAAUUCAGUCUUCAAGUCAGCUAAAAUCAUUUAUCGAUGUAACUAAAGAAUGUAUUAUUGGUUUAAAAAACAUCGGGAUUUGCACGGAGUCUUGGGAUCCAAUUUUGUUAUUUAUUUCGUCUCAAAAAUUAGACCACGAAACGCAUAAAGAAUGGGAAGAUUACGUUAGUUCAACUCUCAACUUAACAUCUGAUGUAUUUCCCACUUUCAAUAAUUUGGUUACGUUCUUAGAAGGAAGAAUUCAUGCUUUAGAGUUAACAACGACAGGCAAUAGAACUUUAAAAGAACGCUCAUAUCAUGUCGCGAAUAUUAAUGAUAAAAUUUGUAUUUUUUGCAACAAAGAUAAUCAUAUUCUUAGUCAUUGUAAGGAAUACGGGAAACUACAACCGAAAGAACGCAGCGCCUUCGCAAAAUUAAAAGGUUUAUGUUAUAAUUGUUUAGUACCGGGCCAUACACUUAUAUAUUGCAAUCACAAGGCAUCGUGCAGAAUAUGUGGUAAACGACAUCAUUCCCUCCUUCAUGAACCUGGAAAGAAAAGCUUUACUCAAGAAGAAAAUCAAAACUCGACACAAUUAUCUUUGCAUACUAAUGUAGAAGAACAACAUGAAGAAGAUGAUAUUUUAGAAGAGGUCAAUAUUAGCGAUGCUACAAUAACUUCACACAUGGCUACACAACCAUCUACGGCGUUACUCGCAACUGCUAUUUUACCUGUCAAGGGGACGUCAGGACAAGUAUAUUAUUUACGUGCUCUGAUCGAUCAAGGCUCUCAGGCGACGUUUAUAAGUGAAAGAGCAGCUCAACACAUAAAGGCAAAAAGGUUGCCUGUCAAUGGAACAAUAUCAGGUGUUGGGUCCACAUUAACA